GCUCAUGGACGACUGAUGAAGUGGUUUGGAGUCACCGCUGUGCCCGCCAGCCCGCCCGCCCGCCAGCCAGCCUGCCGCUCUUGGCGCACGCGCACGCGCAAAGCCACCCAGCCUCAGGUGGCUGACGGUUGCUGCGUUUUCUCCGCCACACGCGAGCAACUGGGAGCGGAAGCAGACUGCCGUCGUCUCGCUGCGAUGGCGUCAAAUGAUUCGCGCCUCCAACAGCCGCCGUCCCAGAAGGAUGCCGCUGACCAGAACUUUGACUACAUGUUCAAACUACUGAUCAUCGGCAACAGCAGUGUGGGGAAAACCUCUUUCCUGUUCCGCUACGCAGACGACUCCUUCACCUCAGCCUUCGUCAGCACGGUCGGCAUCGACUUUAAAGUCAAGACAGUCUUCCGCAAUGACAAAAGGAUCAAACUGCAGAUCUGGGACACAGCAGGACAAGAGCGCUACCGAACCAUCACCACAGCGUACUACAGAGGCGCCAUGGGCUUCCUGCUCAUGUACGACAUCACCAACCAGGAGUCCUUCAACGCCGUUCAGGAUUGGGCGACGCAGAUUAAAACGUACUCGUGGGACAACGCUCAGGUGAUCCUCAUCGGUAACAAGUGCGACCUCGAAGACGACAGGCUCGUGCCCACAGAAGAUGGCCAGCGCCUGGCCGAGGACCUCGGUUUCCAGUUCUUCGAGGCCAGCGCAAAGGACAACAUCAAUGUGAAGCAGGUGUUCGAGCGCCUGGUGGAUGUCAUCUGUGACAAGAUGAACGAGAGCAUGGAGGGAGACAUGAGCUUAGCGUCUAACCACAGGAACCUGAAAGACUCUUCUUCCGAGAGCCGAGGGAGCUGUGCUUGCUAAAGUGCACGCGCGCGCGCACUACUGCUAAUGUACUCCCCUCUGCCUCGACUCUCGGAAUCGCUGCUCCUCUUUCUCUCUGUUCACUGUAGCCACGCCCGACACGAUAGGCCGAAAGCUGAGAUGAUCAUUGUCACGGACACUACUAGAGUCCCCCGUUGCUCCUCGCGGCUUCUUCUCUUCUCUUCUCUUCUCUUCUCUGACACCUGGCUGGCCCGUUUGUGGCCUCAACCGACAGCUCCCGGAAGACGGCCCUGUGCUCUGUCCGCCGCGACCCGCUGCGCUCAGACAUUGCACUUCCGACUAAUUCGUUGGCGACAUGUGGGCGUGCUUUUGCAAUGCUCAUGUUGCUCAGUUUUCAUUGAAAAUUCUCCAUUAUUGUGGUCGCAUUUGGCAAGAGGACUCAAUUACGGAGAGGGCUUUGUAAUCAGUUUCCCAUUUUAGCUCCAUGAGGGAACCGGUGUAUUAGAAACAAAUAACUGUUUAGCUCCAAGUGCAGAAUUUUCGUGUGGCGGAUGUGUGUCACAGGAAAUCGAUGGCAAUGACAGGAAAGUGGCAAAAGACUGUAAGACCUCGUGUGAAGUUUACAUUCUGACAAAAUGUCUGAAAUGGUUAAUACCUUUUCGAUAUCGUAGCCCAUAUGCUUCAUUAUUUUGGUGAAAGUCUUCAGACUGACUUGUUUUCUCCAAAUAAAUGCAAUUUUCCAAACAA